AUGAGAGAGACUGAGGGUUUUGAGGAGGAGACAUCAGUAAAUAUAGUGAACGAGAUUGUGACCAUGGGCCAAAAUAUGAGCUUGGAGGAUAAGGCGGAGCUGGUGGAGGACCAUGGCCCAGAAGAUCUUAUUGAAUUGCAGCAGGAACAUUCUGGAGAGGAGGAAGAGGAGAGGAAAGAUGUAUCAAGUGUUCAAAUCAAAGCCAUUUGCAGUGGGGCCACUGCUGUAGUACAAGCAGCUCUCUGCAAACCCAAGAAGGAGAGGGUGGCAAUAAAGCGAAUCAAUCUGGAGAAAUGCAACACCAGCAUGGACGAGCUCCUGAAAGAGAUUCAAGCCAUGAGUCAGUGCAAUCACCCCAAUGUCGUGACCUAUUUCACCUCAUUUGUUGUGAAGGAUGAACUCUGGUUGGUCAUGAAGUUGCUGAGCGGAGGCUCUAUGUUGGAUAUAAUCAGGAGAACAAUCAGCAACAAUGAACACAAGACUGGCGUGCUAGAUGAGCCAGUAAUAGCAACAGUGUUAAAAGAAGUGUUGGAAGGCUUGGAUUAUCUGCAUAGGAAUGGACAAAUUCACAGGGAUGUUAAAGCCGGUAAUAUUCUGCUUGGUGAUGAUGGGUCUAUACAAAUUGCAGAUUUUGGAGUCAGUGCCUUUCUAGCUGCUGGUGGAGAUAUGACCAGAAAUAAAGUGCGUAAAACCUUUGUUGGAACUCCAUGUUGGAUGGCCCCAGAAGUGAUGGAACAGGUGCGAGGUUAUGACUUCAAAGCAGAUAUCUGGAGUUUUGGAAUAACAGCGAUUGAAUUGGCAACCGGAACAGCGCCAUAUCACAAGUACCCACCGAUGAAGGUUCUGAUGGUGACACUGCAGAAUGACCCUCCUACUCUCGAGACAGGAGUAGAGGACAAGGAAAUGGUCAAGAAGUAUGGCAAGUCCUUCCGUAAACUGAUUGCCCUGUGCCUGCAAAAAGAGCCAGCAAAGAGGCCGACAGCAGCAGAGCUUCUGAAGCACAAAUUCUUCCAGAAAUCAAAGAAUAAAGAAUAUCUGAUGGAGAAGUUAUUGGGCCAGUCGUUAGGUGGCGGGCACAAGGACACAAAGGUGAGACGGCUCCAGGGAUCAAGUGGCCAUCUGUACAAAACAGAGGAUGGAGGUUGGGAAUGGAGUGAUGAUGAAUCAGGUGAUGCAUUUGAUGAACGGAAGCCUACAGCCUUUCAGAAAACUGAACAAUCAGAAAGUCCAUCUCAUCUAAGUAAUGAAGAUAGUUCUGUCCAUCUAGUCCUGCGACUACGGAAUUUACGAAGGGAGUUAAAUGAUAUCAGAUUUGAGUUCACUCCAGGAAGGGACUCUGCGGUUGGUGUUUCUCAGGAGCUCGUCUCUGCUGGUUUGGUAGACGAGUUUGACAUGAUGGUUGUAGCCAACAACCUGCAGAGACUAAUAGAUGAUCCUCAUUCAAACAGGAGCCUCACAUUCAGACUGGUCUCUGGCUGUGAGGGCUACAGCCCAGAUGAAACCAAACUCAUUGGAUUUGCACAGCUCAGCAUAAGAUGA